AAUGGGAAUGGUUUUGAUUUUGUUUUUGAAUUCAGUUCAGGGCAAAAAAAUCCUCUUUGAUUUAUUCCAUCCUGAUGCUUGAGGAAAGAAGAAUGAGACACCAGACUCUCAUCAUAAUCCUCGAUAAUCGCAUGGGCGGAAAUUAUUAUUCAGGGAAACUGUCAAGAUUUGAAGCAUGCAAGGGGCCGAAACGAAAGAACUGUACUGAUUUAAAAGUUAGCCUGACUGAUGAAUAUACAAUGUACUUCGAUUUGCGCGUCAAAGAAAAUGUCGCUCUGACAUGGGGUAGAGUAAAAACAAUAAAAAAUAAGCAAGAUUCCAAUGGAAUUAACUUACAAAUGAAGAAGCCUUGUGAUCAUUUCUUCGUCAGACAAAGUUUAAAAAAAAACCUCAAGGUUACCGACGAUUGCAUUCUUAAAAAGGGCCACUACAUUGUCUCAGAGAGUAUUAAAGAUACUUAUCGGAAUUAUUCCCCUACGAGUGAAUACAAUCUUGGUUACAUGGAGUUCCAGGUCUUGUUUAUUGGGAGUCAAUGUAACGUCAUGUGUUUCUACCUUAACAUAUUUACUGAAUACUCGAACAGCACCAAAAAGGGAUAAAAAAUGUGGAUUCUCUUUAUCAAUAAAAAACGACACUUUCUUUUGUCUUUCUGUUACUUUCACCAUUAUGUAUAGCUUACCACAUACAUGCAAUAAU